AUGAUAGGAAAGAAAGAAAUAUAAAUUUCAAAUGCCACAAGAGAUAGGGUUGAGGCGUGUAGAAUAUAUAUUGAGCGCAAAUAUGCAAAAUAAAUAGAGGAAGAAUAAUAGUAAUUAUAAGGGUGGUAACAGUUAUCUAAAUUGAUGGAUUCGCUUCAUAUGAACGCAAAAGAAAAGGAAAUUAUCAAAAAAGAUAUACUUAAGAAGGAAGCAGAGCAAAUGAGAAAAAAGAGGAUGAGAUUAAGUAUUGAAGAUUUUUAACCACUCGCCAUUAUUGGAAGAGGAGCCUUUGGUGAAGUCAGAUUGUGUAGACAUGUUCCAUCUCAAUAGAUAGUAGCAGUAAAGAAGAUGAAGAAACAUGAGAUGAUUUAUAAAAAUUAAAUUGGUCAUGUAACAAAUGAAAGGAAGGUAUUGGAGGAAGCAAAAGGUAAUAAUUGGAUAGUAGAAAUGAAAUGUUCAUUUUAAGAUGAGAAAAAUCUAUAUUUAGUUAUGGAAUAUCUGGCUGGGGGUGACUUAAUGACUUUGUUAAUGAAAAAGGAUAUUUUAUCAGAAGCAGAGGCACGGUUUUAUAUGGCUGAAUUAGUUUAAGCAGUUUCAUCAGUUCAUAAACUUGGGUUUAUCCAUAGAGAUUUAAAACCAGAUAAUAUUUUACUUGAUAAUAAUGGCCAUAUAAAAUUAUCUGAUUUUGGCCUAUGUAAAGAUGCUGAAUUGCAUUUUGAUAAGCCAGUGUUUUCCUCUAAAUUUAAGUAGAAAUAAACUAGAAGAGAAAAAGCAUUUUCGACUGUUGGUACUCCUGAUUACAUCGCUCCAGAAGUCUUCUUAUAAUAAGGAUACAACGAAACCGUAGAUUGGUGGAGUGUAGGAGUUAUUCUAUAUGAAAUGUUAAUUGGAUAUCCUCCAUUUUAUACUGAUGAUCCAUCAUCUACUUGUUAAAAGAUUAUCAGAUUUUAACAAUGCUUUACAUUUCCAGAAGAACCAAAAAUAUCUUAAUUGGCUAAGGACUUAAUUAGUAAACUGGUUUGUGAUACCAAUAAUCGAUUAAAGUUCGAAUAAAUCAUAAGACAUCCUUGGUUUGGAGGAUUAUCAAUACUAAAAGUAAGAGACAUGAAAGCUCCCUACAUUCCUACUGUAAGAAGCGAAUUAGAUACUAGCAAUUUUGAUAAAUACGAAGAAGAAGAACCUUGGAUUAUUAAAGGAUAUCAAAAUAGCAAAAAAGAAAUGACUUUUGUUGGAUACACCUAUAAAUAAGAGGAUUUCGAAGAAAAAAGACCUAUCUAAAAAGCACUAGAAGAACUUGAAUGUUCUAAGCCUUCAAAUUCAAGAGGCAAUACAAAAUGCACCAACUCACCUUAUCAGAGUCCGAACUUAUAAUUUAAAAGUUCCUUAAAUAAAUAAACUCCAUCCACUUAAUAAAUAAAAUCCACUAGUACAACCCAAUCCCCAUUUAUUAAAUAAUAAGCUGUCUCUCCUAUGCCAUUAUGCAAGAGUUAAAUUUAAAAGAAAUCAUUUUUAAAUAGUCGUCUUUAAACAGAAUAGAAUGAAAGUAUUCACAAUACGAACUAAUAACACUUGUCAACAUAAGGAAAUUUGAAUAAUGAAAAUUCAAAUCCAAAUGCAAAUUCUUAGAAUAUUAAAAAUUUCAUAUAUCAAAAGAUUUAGUAACACACUGUUAAUAAUUAACAAUCUACGAAUAAUGGCAGCAUUUAAAAAACUGUUUAAUUUAAUGUAGAUUUGCAAAAAUUGGUUUAGAAUUAAAAAUUAAAACCAGAGAAGCCAGAUUUUGAAUCAACAAAGAUUAGUAGUAAUGCUAGUAACAAUAUUAAUGUAUUCAAACAAAAUAUAAUGAAUUAAAUAAGAGCCAUCAGUCCUUUAACAAAAAGAUGA